GAACUGUCCAGAUCACAAUAUACACAAUUGAAUACCAAUUCUAGGCAAAGUCUACUUUGCCUGAUGUACUCCUAAACAUACAUAAGUAAAAAUGAAUUUUUUUAAAACUACACACAAGAAGCUUGAAAUUUAAACAAGACUAUAUAGUGUAUAAUUCUUUUGGAGGAAAUUAUCUCUUCCCAUUUUUUUAAAACCUGAUUUUACCAUCACCCAUUUAAAUAAUUCAUGUUAUUCAAGCCAACUUAGUACUACUAGUGUCACUCUUGCAACUUUUACCUAUUUAUUUUUCAGUAUCUCAAAUCACCAAACACACAGUGAAAGGAUAUGGUCCUAAAGUACUUAUCUUUCCUAAAAAAAAAAUCAGCCUGACCGGGCACGGCAGCUCACUCCUGUAAUCCCAGCACUUUGGAGGCCGAGGAGGGUGAAUCACGAGGUCAGAAGAUUGAGACCAUCCUGGCCAACAUGAUGAAACCCUGUCUCUACUAAAAACACAAAAAUUAGCUGGACAUGGUGGCAUGCAACUGUAGUCUCAGCUACUCAGGAGGCUGAGGCAGGAGAAUCACUUGAACCUGUGAGGCGGAGGUUGCAGUGAGCUGAGAUCUUGCCACUACACUCUAGCCUUGGUGGCAAAAUGAAAUUGUCUCCAGGAAAAAAAAAAAAAAGAACCUACCUUAGCUGGUUGUUGUGGUUCACAUUUGUAAUUCCAGCAACUCCAGAGGACAAGGAAGCAGGAGGAUAGCUUGAGACCAGGAGUUUGAGAUCGGCCUAGACAAUAUAAUGAGACCCUGUCCCUAAAAACAAAAUUUAAGAAUUAGCUGGAUGUAGUUAGUAUCUCAUGCCUGUAGUCCCAGUUACUUGAGAGGCUGAGGCAAGAGGUAUGAUUGAGCCGAGGAGUGGGAGGCUACAGUGAGCUAUGAUCACAUCACUGCAACUCAGUCUAGGUGACAGAAUGACAGAGUGAGACCCCAUCUCAAACACACACACACACACACACACACACACACACACACACACACACACAUUGUCCUUUAUCCCUUCUUAACCUGACAAGUUGACUGAUUUGUCUUGAGGGUUGGAUCGCCAAGAUAAAUCCCUCACAUUCAAACUAGUCCCCCAAUGUCUGUCAAUCCUAUUCCUAACAACAAAUUGCCACCUUUCCUCCACUCCACAGUGCCCUCUGGAAGGGUCACCAAAAGACACUAUGACCAUAGCAAAAUAUGAUUCUUGACACAGAACCAGAAGUUAUUUUCAAUUCAUUUUGCUUUUUUUCCUAUUUUAGCACAAUAAUGAUAAUAUUUAAAGUCAUAUUUUUCUGUGCUAUAAUUAAAACUGUUAUUUCAAUUGAAUUUGAAAUAGAAUUCAUGGUCUAAAAUAGACUGAAUCCCAGUGUGAACACAUAUUUGCAUGCCUUCUUGGUCUCAGCUCAGUGGGUGGGAGGGGGAGCGUUUCUGUAUUCCUUUAGCACACACACCCUCACACAAUUCCUUUUUUUUAAACCUCACAGAGUAUUUUUUACAUUUGCUAGACCAUCUCACAAGACCUAGGCUCACAAAACUCUGGCAUCCUUUGGAUUAACUAAACCCAUGGUUCCCCAAGAUGGGGAGCAGGAGGGAGCCUCGAGGCAGCCCAGACUCCGAACUGCAAACCUCUUUCCAGAACUCCAUUGCCACACCUUGGCAUAUACCAAAUGUUGACAAAGAAGGCUGUUCCCAUACAAGGGCCAAUUUUAGAGCAAGCUGCCCAUGGUUGCAAAUAAAAAAACUGUAAAACCCUCAACCCCAAAGCUGUGUGUAGUGCUUUUGUGUGUGACAGAGCUGGGGCAGAGCUCUCUGAUGCUCUCAGGAAAACCAUACCCUUUGCUCGUGGUAGGCAGCCCCUGGUGGCUGCUCUGCCCUUGCCAAGUGUUAUGUUUCCAAGGUCUGUGGUCAUGGUUCACAUUCGCUGCAAAACACCCUCCCACCCUUGCAGAGAAAGAGUCUUUUGUGCAGCAUCCUUUAAAGGGUGAUUCGUCCCACUUGAGUUCUCUCUCCUGGUGCAGUGUUGCUGGUGGGUUAAUUAGAACAUCGCCAUGAAGUUCAUCCCUUGCCUCCUGCUGGUGACCUUGUCCUGCCUGGGGACUUUGGGUCAGGCCCCAAGGCAAAAGCAAGGAAUCACUGGGGAGGAAUUCCAUUUCCAAACUGGAGGGAGAGAUUCCUGCACUAUGCGCCCCAGCAGCUUGGGGCAAGGUGCCGGGGAAGUCUGGCUUCGCAUAGACUGCCACAACACAGAUCAGACAUACUGGUGUGAGUACAGGGGGCAGCCCAGCAUGUGCCAGGCUUUCGCUACUGACCCCAAACCUUACUGGAACCAAGCCCUGCAGGAGCUGAGGCGCCUUCACCAUGCGUGCCAGGGGGCCCCGGUGCUGAGGCCAUCCGUGUGCAGGAAGGCUGGGCCCCAGGCCCACAUGCAGCAGGUGGCUUCCAGCCUCAAGAGCAGCCCAGUACCCAACCAGCACCCUGAGGCUGGGAUGCCAUCUCUGAGUCCCAAGGCCUCAGUGAAACCCACAGAAGCAAGACAGCUGGGAAAGGACUCGAUGGAAGAGCUUGGAAAAGCCAAACCCAUCACCCAACUCACAGCCAAAGCUACCCAGGCUGUACCCAGGCCUGGAGGGAAUGAGGAAGCAAAGAAGCAGCCCUGGGAACACUGUUGGAAACCCUUCCAGGCCCUGUGUGCCUUUCUCAUCAGCUUCUUCCGAGGGUGACAGGUGAAAGACCCCUACAGAGCUGACGUCUCCCUGACAGAGAAAAACCUCUUUUUAUAUCAUGCUGCUUUCAGUCCAACGUUUUCACACUGGAUGAAGGGAGUUUCUAAUCAGACGCACCUGCCCAAAUUCUUGAUCUGCAGUCCCUGAAGUUUGGAAAAGAAACCCUCCUUUCUGGAAGGAGCCGACGGGCCCAAGAGUGACAAGCAUACACAUCUACUUUCUAUCUGUAGAAGCUUUGCUUUGUUGAUUAGAGCCUUCUAUGAACGUUUAAAUCUGUAACGCAUUCAUGAAUUUCCAGUUCAGCCUUCUGAGCAAGACGUGAAUUUGUCACAUUUCAUCGCAUGGCAGCAUGGACUUGUAGUUAGAGAAAGUUCAGUGAAUAGCAGCUAUGUGUGUGCAAAAUAAAGGAAUGAUUUCAGAAAUA